AUAUAAGGACGGAAUGACAUUGAGGGAUUGUAAUUAAACUGUAUUACAAUAUUAUUCAAAUCUUUCUUAAGAUAGACAAUUUUCAUGUUAGCGUCAUGUCUUAAAUUUUAAAGUCUAUACGGAAAUUUUAGGAAAAAUAAAUACUUUAAAAAUAUUUUUGACUUAUUUUCCUUAAUCAGUUUGGUUACCAAUAAGCUAGUAAGUAUCAAAAUAUUGUAAGUAUCUUUUUGAGAUUUUAGCAACUUCCAGAUUAUAAGAAAACAUUAUGCUUAGGUUUUUGUGAACUUAAAAUGAGGAAUUUAAUUUUGAUCAUCACUUUAUGCACCUUCGUUGCGGCAGAUCAGUUUAACGAUGCUUGGAAGAAAGCAACCUGUCGUAAAAAAAAAUGUUGAGUUUUCAAAAGGUUUAGCAGUAUGUUAUGAACUAAAAGACAAGGAAGUCCAAAAUGCUAUUGAAGAAUGUAUGUCUGAAAUUUUUCCAUCAUCUGAUAUGACUAUGGCAGAUUACGUCACAGCAGGAUGCAAAGAUGACGUCCUAUUUGAAAAAAUGACUGGAUGCUAUCGAAAAAAUGAGUUGUCCAAAGAAGAAGAAAAGUACGAAGAAUCUGUUGCCUGCUAUCUAAAUUUGUUUAAAAAGUAUGAAUUCAAAGAAUUGGAAGAUAUCUACAAGAAAAAGCAUGGACAUUAGCACUGAUGAAGUCUCCAAUUAUGGAAGUGGAAAAUUUUUUUAAUUUGAAAAUAAAGAUUUAAAUAAAGAAAAA